CACUUAGGACCGUGGUGCUGUGAGCACGUACAUAGUAAAAUUCAGUAAAAUUAUUUAGUCUCUCUCGAUCUUUCGUGCUUUCGUGUUAAUACUAAAAAUUCCGGCGUUUUCCACCUGAUCGAGUGCUGGCGGUCCAACGCCAUCUUGUCUUACACACUAAAAACAAAUAAUAAUAAUAAUAAAAACAACAUAUACACACACGCGUUAUAUUAUUAAAUAUUUGUUUUUGCAAUUAAACAUUUUUCUUUUGUUUCAUUUAUUUUGAUAAUACUAAACACACACACACAUCUCAGUGGCAAGAGUUUAAUUUUAUUUGUGUUUUUAUUAUUCUUUUUUUGGAGUGAAUUAUAAUAAUAACAACAAUAACAACAACAACAACAACAACGACCAAUUGUUUUAUUAAUAUUUAUUGUUGUUAUUUUACUGUGUGAUUGGUUCAUUUAAUUGUGUUUUAUUUAAGACUGGAAUUUUUUUAUCUUUAUAUUGUUAUUAUAUUUUUUAUUUCCCCGUAUUAUUUUUUUUUUUUUUUAUUUUACUUUUUUGAAUUUCUUUUUAUUUUUUUCGUUCACACGUCACACAUGUACCAAGCGAUAAUAUGUCUCAACAAUGUGAGUGUUGGAGGACCGUGAGUGUGUUCGGUUCAGUGUAUUUACUUGAGUGCGUUAGAAAAAGGGGGCAAAAAUAAAUAUUAAAAAAAAAAACACAAGAUAAAAAAAGAGAUAUAUAUUUUUUUUUUUUACAAUUUUUUUGUGUGAGGGGAGUUUUUGUUAACUUGGACUUGCCUGAAUAAAUAAAUAUCUUUUUUGGACAUUUUUUUUUAAUUAUUGUCUACGUUGAAAACAAAUAUAUAAGAGAGUUUAUUGCUGGAAAAAAAAAAUAUAAAUAUAUACAGUGCAGGAAGAGCCAAAGAACUGCAAAAAACUUUGGUGUAAAAAAUACUGGAGGAUUGGAAUAUAGUUAAUUGAUAAAAAUUAACUGUUAAAUUGUUGAUUAAAUUGUUAAUAAAAACAGUUCGUAUGCAACAACGACGUAGUAGCAGUGUUUCCUCAACCCAAUCAACGACACAAUCAUCAACAAUGUCGAAUAUAUUUCCACAACAAUAUUGUCUACGAUGGAAAUACCAUCACAGCAAUUUACAAACAAUGUUUUCACAAUUACUUGAAAGACAAGCAUAUUGUGAUGUUACACUUGCUUGUGAAGGACAAACACUCAGGGCACACAAGGUUGUGCUGAGUGCUUGCAGUACAUAUUUUGAUACAAUAUUAUCACAAUAUGAGGAAAAAGAUCCAAUUGUCAUAAUGCGAGAUGUCAAAUUUUCAGACAUAAAAGUUCUCGUUGAAUUCAUGUACAAGGGAGAGAUCAAUAUCGAUCACACAAGACUGUCGUCAUUAUUAAAAACAGCGGAAGAUCUUCAUAUAAAGGGUCUUGCUGAAGUUAGUUGGCGAAGUGAUCCAGUACAAAAUGAAUUAAGUAAUAGUGGCCAUAGUCCUGGUGCAUCAUCAACACCAGGUGUUGAAGCAGUACUUCGUGAUGAUGGUGAUGAAUCACCACCAGCAAAACAAAAAAGAAGAGGUCGUCCACCACUUGAUGAUCCACCAGCAGCACAUGAUGUAUUUACACCAAAAAUUACAUGUGUUACCGGUGCAAAUGAUGAAAUGUUGAGUGAGGGUGAUCAUGAAAGUUGGGACGAUGAAAUGAUGAUUAAUGAAAACCAUGAUAAUCCAAUGCCACCGCUAUCUUAUAUGAAAGACGAUCCAGCAAGUAAUUCCGAUCAAGACAAAAAAUCUACGACAUCAACAACACCAAACACACCGACAAAUUCAAAUGCAACAAAUUUAGCAAUACCAGAACAAUUUCGUGAUGUUAUUAAAAUGAAUGAUUAUUUAACAACUGGACGUAGACAAGAAUUUUGGGAAGAGCCAUUUACAAGACGUGUUAUGGAUGCAAUUAAAAGUAAAGAAUUAGAAAUGAAAUCAGCUGCUGAAAUUCUUGGUGUAUCAUAUGGCACACUUUAUGGAAGAUAUCGUGACAGUUAUGGUUGUCUAAAACAUCCAUACAGUUUUAAUAUAUUUAGAGUACGUGAUUUUUGGUCUGAGCCUGGACCAGCUGAGGUAUUAUCAAAAUUACGAAGAAAAGAAAUAACUCUAUUUCGAGCUGCUGAAUUUUUAAAUGUCACCGUCCAUACAUUAGCAACAUAUUUAUCAACACUACAAGGACCAGAUAGAAUAUCAUUAACUGGUGAAUUAAAUUUAUCAUCAAUUGAUAAUAAUGAUGAACAAAAUGAUGCUGCUGUUAAUGAUAUAUUACAAAAAUUAAAUUCACCAACAACAACACCACCAACAGCAGCAGCAGCAACAACAACGACAUCAUCAACAACAAUACCAACAACAUCAUCAACAUUAAAACGUGGUAGUAGUAGUGUAGGUGGUUGUAGUGAUAAUGGUAAUAGUUUUAUUGAUUUACAAUCAUCAAUAUCAAAAGCAGCAACAUCAGUACUUGAAAAUAAUCCAGAUAUAACUAUUGUUAAAACUGAAAGUUUAUCAUCACGUAAACGUGAAUAUUCAAAAAUUAUUAAUACUGAAAAUAAUAAUGCUAAGUUAAUGAGUGGUGGUGGUGUUAGUGAAGUUACACAACAAAAAAUUACUGAUCCAUUGUCAUUAAAUAAUGAUCAUAAUAAGCCCUAACUAUAUAGACCAUAUUUUACACAAUUAAAUGAUACAAGAUUAUUUAGAAAUCAUGAUUACAGAAAUCAAAUUUCUCCAACAAGAUUUUAUUCAAAUUUAUUUACUCGUUUUAUCACUAAUUUUCAUUUCAAAUAAACAUUUUUUUUUUUCUUUAUUAUAUUAUAUUAUUUAUUACGAUGAUGAUGAUGAACUCGUAUUUUAAAUUUGAAUGAACGUUUUUUUUUUUUUUUUGUAACGUUGAUUUAUAUAUAUAUAUUUUUUUUUCAAUUAGUUUACACAUCUAUCUUAGUGGUGUUAUUAUUUUCUAGAUCAUCUUGUCUAUCAACCAAAAAAUAAAUUUUUUUUUUCUUCUGUUAAUUCGACUGAAAAUUGAUUACAAUCAAUUAUGCAUUUAAUUUUUUUUUUUUAAUUUUUUUGUCUACACGUCGAAAGAGUGAUAAUGGCCUUCGAAUAGUGAGAUAAAAAAUGAAAAUUUAUAAAAUAAAAUUUUCUUUAAAUAGUAUUAUCUAUUUGGAAAAACAAUUUUUUUAUAAAUUCUUUUUUUUUUUUCAUUUUUUUUAAAUUAUUUAAAAAAAUAAAAAUCUAAUUUUUCAAAUAAUAGAUGUGAUUUUUUGUCUGCAAAUUGAUGAGCAAAAAAUUUGUUAAUAUAUUAUCGCAUAUGUGUGUAUAAAUGAAUAAUAAAUAUGCGAAAAUAUUUAAAAUUAAUUUUAAUAUAUAUUUAAAUAUAUCAGCAUUUAAAAAACAAAAAAAAAAAAAAAUUAAUUAUAAUAAUAAAGACUAUAAAAUGUAUAUUUUAAUUAAAUUUAUUAUUUUUUAAAAUUUUUUACAAAAAAAUUACUUUAAAAUUAUAUUAUUCAUUACUCAUUGAUGUUGAAAAAUUGCAAUUAUAUUUUUUUGUUUUAUUUAAAAGAAAAAAAAAUAUUACAAAUAGUUUUUUUAUUAUAGUGCACUUUUCAUUGACACAAAAUACACACAGGAGAAUACAUGAUUGACCUAGUGAUUUAAAAUUUUAUUUAUAUAUCAGAAAAAAAUAUGAAAAUAAAAAAAAAAAAAAAUGUUUAAACACAAUCCAAGUGAAUAUAUUAUUUCUUUUGAAAGAUAAAAUUUAAUUUUUCAAUCAACUCGAACGUUUUAAAAACGUCAUUCGAGGCGUACUGUCGAUAAGCAUGUAUAAAAAUAAAUUAAAAAUUAAAAAUUGAUACACGCAAAGCGAAUUAUAAAAAUUAUUUAAAAAAAAAAAAAAAAACUAUGCUUAUCAGAGCGUUUAGAAAACGGUAAAACAAAAAAAAAAAAUUAUAAUAAUUAUUAUUAUUAAUAUAAUAAAAUCUAAAAUUAAUAAAUAAAAAUUGUAUAUUUUUUUUUCCAUUUUCUAUACGAGUACAUAAACAAAAAAAAAUAAAAACCAUAUGUACUGACUUUUUUUAGGUAUUUUUAGUAUCAUUGUUAGAUAUUAGAAAAAAAAUAUAAAAAUUGUACGUGAGCUUUUUUUUUACACACAAAAAUGUCAAAGAAUUAUGAAUGAUUUUUAAAUUUAAUAUAUAUUUUUUUUCUAUUUAAUUAUUUAAGUGUGACCAAUAAGUUUAACUGAAAAUUGGUCAUCGAUCAAUUGUAUAUCAAAGACAUUUAAAUAAUUAUCUGUAAAUUAUUAUUUACCAUUUUUUUUUUUCCUAUUUUUUUUUAAUGUUUAAAUUAAAGGAUAACGUCCAUUGUAAAUAUCAGUGCAAUAGCAUGAAUAAAUAAACAAUUUAAAUUAAUAAAAAUGAAAUAAAAAAAAACAAAAAAAAAUAUUAUUUAUCUAUCAGCCAAUUACAAAACAGCUAAAUGAAAAAUACAAAAAUAAAAAAAUAAAAUAAAAAAAUAUUGAUUGUCGUUAUAGCAUAAAUAAAUAAAAGUCAAAUAUAUUUUAUGGCAAAGUAAUAACGGAAUCUUCAACUGUAAUAAUCUAGGUCAAACUAAAAAAUUAAAACAAAAAAAAUUAUUAAAACACACAAUCAUAUAUAUAUCAUUCACAAAGCCACAAAUCAAUUGACUGUAUUUUUAUUUAAUCCGAUUUUAAAUUGUUAUUAUUAUUAUUAUUAACAAGAAAAUUGAUUUUUAUUUUUUCAACGUGUUAUCUACUCGAGCUAAAUUCAAAUAACAAAAUAAAAAAAAGUUAUGAAACCAGGUCGGCCGUACUAAAUGUAAUAAAUGUGGAAUUGUUCCGACUAAAAAAAAAUAAAACAAAACUAUUGACUGGACAAUGAGUAUUUGCUGAUUGUUAAAUGAUAAAUAUGUUUAAAGAUUAAUUUAAAAAUAGUAAGUGGUAUUUUUAAUUCAAAAAAAACAAAUUAACAAAUAUUUAAAAAUCAAUAAACAAUAAAUAAAAAAAACAAGACUGUUCCAUUUGGAAUGUCUCAUGACGACACCUUGGGCACUUGUACGGAAAUCGAGGACAAAAUAAUACAAAAAAAAUGAAAUAUUUUUACGUUUUCAGUACCACGAAUUAUUUUUAUAUAAAAAAAAAAUGAAAAAAUGACAAAAAAAAAACAUUAAAAAACUUAGAAAAAAUGAAAAAAAAAAAUGGAUAAAUAAAAAAAAAAAUAAUUUUCUAUAUUUAACUAGAAGGCAAAAGCAUUGUGAUAUUUUUAUUUCAUUGUAAAUUUAGUUGAACUUGAUUGAUGAUGUUUUUUAUAUAUAAUUUUAUGAUUUUUUUUUUCUAUUUUUUAUGUAUGACCAAUUGAAAAUCAGUUCCAAAGACUGUUUAAAAAAAAAUGGAAUAGAUCGGUUGAUUGAUUCACUCAAAAUCGUGUUCGAUUGCUUUACGAGUGCCCCAACCGAUCGUCUAGAAUUAUUUAAAAUAUAUUAUUUAAAAAAAAAAACAAUUCAUAUGAUUUUAAAUUAAUUCAUGAAAAUUAUGGAUCUGUUGUUCAUUCAUAAUUAUCAUUCAAUUUUUUUUUUUUAUUAAUUAAACUCAUUGCGUCUCAUUGAAUGGUGUAUAAAGUUAAAACAAUAUUAAUCAUCAAUAAAUAUUAAAAAUAAGAC